AUGGCCUCUGGGGAUGUGGCAACAGGAAUGAUCAUUUUAUUACAGAUGACGGUUGGAAUUCUGGGGAAUUUCUGUCUUCUUCACCAUUAUCUCUUCCUUUAUUACACAGGAUGCAGGUGGAGGAACACAGAUUUGAUUUUUAAGCACUUGGUUGUAGCUAACAUCCUAGUCAUUCUCUCUAAAGGAGUCCCCCAGACACUGGCAGUUUUGGGGUUAAAAGAUUUCCUUGGUGAUAUUGGAUGUAAACUGGUUUUCUAUGUUCACAGAGUGAGCAGGGACGUGUCCAUUGGCACCAUCUGCCUCUUGAGUGUCUUCCAGGUGAUCACAAUCAGCCCCAGGAACUCCAAGUGGGCAGAGCUUAAAGUGAAAGCUCCCAAGUACCUGGGCACCUCCACCAUCUUCUGCUGGGUCCUGAAUAUGAUGCUAAAUAUUACAGUUCCUGUGUAUAUAACUGGAAAAUGGAGCAACAAAAAUACCACAAAAAAACACAAUUAUGGAUACUGUUAUACUCUACAUUAUGAGAACAUCACAGACUCACUCCAUGUAGCACUGAUAUUAUUACAUGAUGGUUUCUGUUUGGGGCUCAUGAUCUGGUCCAGCGGCUCCAUGGUUUUCAUCCUGCACAGGCAUAAGGAGCAGGUAAAAUACAUACAUACAAACAAUCUCUCCCACAGAUCGUUGCCUGAGACCAGAGCCACCCAACGCAUCCUUGUCCUGCUGAGCACCUUUGUAUCUCUGUGCACUCUUUCCUCUAUCUUUCACAUUUGUUUGGCUGUUUUAAAUAAUCACCAUCUGUGGCUGGUGAAGCUCUCUACAUUCAUUGCUGCCUGUUUUCCAACUAUAAGCCCCUAUAUUUUCAUAAGUCAUGACUCCAGAGCAUCCAGGCUCUGUUUUGCUUGA